GCGGCCGGGAAAGAAGGCCUCCGGCUUAAGCGCCCGAAAGGCCUGACGGGUAAUCCAAGAUGGCGGCCGAGCCUUGGCCCGAGUUGGGCCUGCCGGGAAGGAGUGUGGCUGCCCCGUGGCGAGGUGGCCUGGGGGCUGCGGCCUUGCUCCGGUGCGGAAGACCAGUGGAGGCCGUCGCGUGAGUUGCUGCUGCUGUUGCUGCUGCUUUGGACAAACCUUUGGAUUUGUAGGUGCCAUGGAGAAAAUGGCCAGAGUGACCACCGCUCUCGGUGGCAACACAAUCACUGGACGGACCAUGUGCUGCCACCUGGAUGCCCCUUCUAAUGCCAUCAGCGUGUGCCGUGACGCCGCUCAAGUGGUUGUGGCCGGACGCAACAUUUUCAAGAUCUACUCCAUCGAAGAAGACCAGUUUGUGGAAAAACUGAAUUUGCGUGUCGGACGCAAACCAUCUCUGAACUUCAGCUGUGCCGAUGUGGUGUGGCACCAGAUGGAUGAGAAUUUGCUGGCCACGGCGGCCACAAAUGGGGUGGUGGUGACGUGGAACCUUGGCAAGCCCUCUCGGAACAAACAGGACCAGCUUUUCAUGGAGCACAAGCGAACGGUGAACAAGGUGUGCUUUCACCCAACUGAGGUCUAUAUGCUCCUUAGCGGGUCUCAGGAUGGCUAUAUGAAGUGCUUUGACCUACGGAAGAAGGAUUCGGUCAGCACUUUCUCCGGUCAGUCGGAAAGCGUGCGUGACGUCCAGUUUAGUAUCCGUGACUACUUCACCUUUGCUGCCACAUUUGAAAAUGGCAACGUUCAACUGUGGGAUAUCCGCCGGCCUGAUCGCUACGAGAGGAUGUUCACAGCCCACAACGGACCUGUAUUCUGUUGUGAUUGGCAUCCAGAGGACAGAGGCUGGUUGGCCACCGGCGGCCGAGAUAAGAUGGUGAAAGUCUGGGACAUGAGCACCAACCGGGCCAAAGAGAUCUACUGCGUGCAGACGAUUGCCUCCGUAGCCCGGGUCAAGUGGAGGCCCGAAUGCAAGCACCACAUUGCCACUUGCUCUAUGAUGGUGGACCACAACAUCUACGUGUGGGACAUCCGGCGCCCGUUCAUCCCCUCUGCCAUGUUUGAGGAGCACAAAGACGUCACCACCGGGAUCGUGUGGCGUCACCUGCACGACCCUUACUUCCUCCUCUCGGGAUCCAAGGACAGCACUCUCUACCAGCACAUCUUCAAGGAUGCCAGCCAGCCGAUCGAACGGGCAAACCCGGAGGGUCUCUGCUACAGCCUCUUUGGAGACCUGGCUUUUGCGGCCAAGGAGAGCCUCAUUUCCUCCGACUCAAACCGGAAGCCCUACCUCGGGGACCGCCGUCACCCCAUCUUCUUCAAGCGGAAGCUGGACCCCGCGGAGCAGUUUGAGUUCGUCUCCUCCUCCAGCGCCCUCAGCGUCUUCGAAGCAGACGCCGGCUGCGAUGCCAGCAGCAUGGAUUGGUUUGUGCGGACUGCCAAACAGUACCUCCUGACCGGGCGGCCGCUGGCAGAGCUGUGUGACCACAACGCCAAAGUAGCCAAAGAGCUUAAGCGCAACCAGGUCGCUCAGACAUGGACAAUGCUCCGGAUUAUUUAUUCAAGCCCUAACAUCGUCCCUACCACGAACCUCAAUCACAGCCUGGGGAAAAGUAGCUCUAACCUUCCACUCAUGAAUAGCUUUAACUUGAAAGAUAUUCCCUCUGGAAUAGGCACCGAGUCACGGCUGGAGAGGACCAAGGCGGAGAACCGUUCCGAAGCCAUUCUCAUGGAUUCAUCCUCAACUCUGAUCAAUAAUGAUGAGAACGAAGAGACAGAAGGAAGUGACGUUCCUGCCGAUUAUCUCCUGGGCGAUGUGGAAGCUGAUGAAGAUGAUCUGUACAUGAUGGACCAUGAGAAUCCUCACACCGAAGAACAAGAGUAUAUCCUUCCUCAGGAAGCCUUUCCUUUACGCCACGAGAUUGUAGACAACCCCUCUGCACUGGACCAUCUGCAGGACAAAGCCGACUCACCCCACGUCAGUGGCAACGAGGCGGAGACCAUUUCACUCACUCCUGUGGAAUCGUUCUCCCUCAUUUCCAUUUCACACUCCCUUUACGAGAAUCGCCUGCCGGCUGAUUUCUUCAACCCCAUUGUCCAUGACAUGCUGCUCUUCUAUGCCGAGCAGGGAGAUGUCCAGAUGGCCGUGUCGAUCCUGAUUGUGCUGGGGGAUCGCAUCAAGAAGGGGAUUGAUGACCAGACACAGGAACAUUGGUACAUGUCCUACAUUGACCUGCUGCAGCGGUUCCAGCUGUGGAACAUCUCCAACGAAGUGAUCAAACUGAGCACCUGCAGGGCCAUCCACUGCCUCAACCAGGCCUCCACCACCCUGCACAUCAACUGCAGCAACUGCAAGCGGCCCAUGAGCAACAAGGGCUGGAUCUGCGACCGGUGCCGGCAGUGUGCCAGCAUGUGUGCCGUGUGCCACCAUGUGGUCAAGGGCCUCUUUGUGUGGUGCCAAGGCUGCAGUCACGGUGGUCAUCUGCAGCAUAUCAUGAAAUGGCUGGAAACCAGCUCCCACUGCCCUACAGGAUGCGGUCAUGUUUGCGAAUACACCUGAAGUCAAAAAGAAUGUUUAUGUCUGUUGAGCCCCCAAAACCUGGGAGCUGCCUAAAACUAAGAACCUCACUUGGGGAGGGGGGGGGGGAAAUGGAAGGAGACAGUCACUGUGGUUGCUAAUCUAGAUAACUGCCGUGAAACCACAGCAGGUUGGGUGUUCCAAAAUGGACUGUAAUUUUUCUGCUUCCUUGGAACAAAAAAAAACAAAACAAAAACCAGCACAGCCACAUGCUCAGGAGAUUCUGCUAGAAAACUUCACUUAGACCUUUCCUUCUAAUGUGCUGCUGUGGAGGCAGUUUGUUGUUAACCAUGGUUCUGUACAAAACCUGCUUUAUUAGCCAGGAUGGCUCCAGAAAGUUUCAGGCAGUUCUUUUGAUACCGAAUUAAACAAAGUGAAACUUAA